AUGACAAAAGCGGCGGUUCUGACAACUGGCGCAGAAGCAACUUCCCCUUUGUUCGACCUUGCUACGUACAGCGACUACAACCGCGCUCUGCGCGUUACCAGCUGGCUCAGAAGGUUCACGAAAAACUGCCGUCGUAGCGUGCGAACCACAGGGCCGCCUACAGCCAUCGAGAUAGCGGAGUCAGAGACGUUUUGGGUGAAACACACUCAGAAGGAAGUCUUUCCUGAAGAGAUUCAAGCGCUGACAAAGAAUCGUAGAAUCAGCGAAACUUCAAGGAUAGCUCAGCUCAACCCUUUUCUCGACGAAGGUGGAGUAAUGCGGCUAGAGGGCCGGCUUCAGUGUUCAGACAACUGUGAGGAUAUCAAACAUCCCAUCAUACUACCGAAAUGCCACGCCUUGGCUAGGCUGAUUAUUAUGAACACGCACCGACGCAUGCUACACGGCGGGGUACAGACGACAAUGUCGGCUUUGCGUGAAAGAUGGUGGUUGCUUCAAGCUAGACAGGCAGUGAAGUCGGUCAUCCACCGGUGUGCUGUCUGCGUGAAAUUCCGGGCACGACCAGCGUCUGCGCCAACAGCACCGCUGCCAGCUACCCGGACCGACCCGACUCACCCAUUUGAUACCACGGGUGUGGACUUUGCUGGACCCCUAUAUGUGAAGACCACAACCAACACGGCAUCACCAAAGUGUUAUGUCGUACUUUUCACUUGUGCGACCACGAGAGCUGUACAUCUGGAGUUGGCGACGGAUUUAACAGCGAGAGCCUUCGUCAUGGCUUUCCGGCGAUUUUUGUCAAGGAGGGGGGUACCGUCUACCAUCUACAGCGACAACGCUCUGGCCUUCAAGAAAGCGGCGCGAGACAUCCGAGAGCUCUGGAAAGCCAUGUGCAGCACCGAGUUUCAAGAUUUUGUCUCGACAAAACGGAUUCACUGGCAAUUUAUAGUCGAGAGGGCAGCCUGGUGGGGCGGCAUGUGGGAACGGAUGGUUCGAACUGUCAAGAACUGUCUACGCCGAUCCCUGGGUCGCCAAAGUCUCACAUUCGAGGAGCUAGAAACUCUUCUCUCAGAAGUAGAAGCUGUCGUGAACUCAAGACCAUUAACCUUUCUACAUUCGAGUCCAGAGGAACCCAUCGCGCUCACUCCAGCGCACCUGCUGAUCGGAAAGACCUUGACGGCCUUGCCGGAACAACCUGCGGCUCCUGUGAAGCCUUCGACAGCCAGUACAGCGGUCAAAAGAUGGCGUCACCGACAACAGAUUGCGGACAGGUUUUGGAAGAGGUGGAAACACGAGUACCUCCUUGAACUUCGGUCGGCACAUUUGUGUCGCGCUCAACGUAACCAAAGAGCAAUUGGCGAAGGUGAUGUGGUCCUACUGCAUGAAGACAAGGCGCCAAGGAGCAUGUGGAAGCUCGUGAAGGUGACCGAGCUGUAUAGGGGGCGAGACGGCAACGUACGUGCCUGUCAAGUCAGACUACCCAGUGGAACUGUGACUCGUCGCCCUGUACAGUUACUGUACCCAUUAGAACUUGACUGUAAUUGA